GUUAAGGAUUUUCCCCAUUAUCUACAAACAACUUCCUGGUAUAAUUAUUUUAAAUUUAUGUCAAAAAUGGCGACAGGUGGACCAGAGGUCGGCUAUGGACAAGAUGUGAAAGAGUACACAAACUGUUCAUGUUGUUUUAAAACCUAUGAAGACCCUUGGUAUCUACAGUGCGGACACACACUGAACAGGAAAUGUAUUCGCAGACAGAAACCUAUCGUAAAAUGUCCGAUGUGCGAGGAUUCUUUUCUGAUUGCUUCCAGUAGGCUGUUUAAAAAUCGAUUUGCAAAUGAUCUUGCAAUGCAGGUAACACGUAUGGAUAUCAUACAUCUUCUGCUGAACAACCGGAAAUGUUCUUUGCAUGAGGAAAAAAAUGCAGAAAGUUACUGUGAGAAAUGUCAUAUGAAAAUGUGUUUCGGUUGUAGCCAAUUUCAUGAUAGGAAUCCUAAAACUAAAAGGCAUGCAGUUUAUGAAGUCAACCAAAUGAUAGAAGAAAAGCAAGAUGACAUAGAUAUUAAUCCAGUGUCGAUGUGUGAGCACCAUGAUAAUGAAAUAAUAAACAACUGGUGUUUGGAUUGUAAAGUCCCAGCUUGUGAAGAAAAUUGUUCCCAACAUCAUUUAGAACCACUUUCGAGAUAUGCAACAGAUUCGAACACUAAAAUUCUUAAGUUAGAAACAAGUAUCAAAAACCAGUUAUCAACGGUAGAGCAGCAAUUUCAGGAUGUGAAAAAAAUACAGAAAACCAUACAGACAAAAGGAGAAUACCAGGGAUCAGUAGCUGCAAAACUGGAUUGGGCAAAGCAAAAGUGCAAACAGGUUAUCAGACGAUCCACGUGUUUACUUCUCGAGGUAACUUUGUUAUUGAAAAGGGGAAACGAGUUCCAUAAGUGUUACUCUCUGCCGUUCUUAUCACUCCAAAUCCAAAGAAUUCAAGAGUCGACUAAAAGUAUCGAGAGCAGCAGUCAGACUGACAGCGCUAGGUCAUCUGCAUCGACCAACAGCGAUUACAGUUUGUCCGGCUCAUCAUACGUCCAGUUCAAUCCAAGAUUGUCACGGUCGUUAAACGUCCUAUCUGACAGAGCAACAUAUAUCAAUGUGAACAGGAAUAGUAGUAUGGAAGCAUUGUAUGUGAAUGAGCAAAGAUACGCAGAUAUCAGUCAAAUAGAAUCAAUCAUCAGAGUGUCUUCCCAGUCUCUGAGUAGAAGUACAAAGCUUAGUGAUGAAAUUCAAGAACGGAUCAACUUCUUUGACACAGGAGCAAGAAUUACAGGUAUGGUAUAUGUUAAUGACACUAUCGUUGUUGCCAGUCACUCGGCCGGAUUUUGAACGGGCUAUGACAUACAUGGAAAAAUCCAGUGGGAUAUCACGGAGCGAUUAAACGGACCCUUCGAUGUAGCAGCACAUAAAACGGAUGAUGGCAAGCAAUUCCUUUAUAUCACCGACCCGGGAAGACGAACUGCAACGUCAGAGGGAACAAUUCACGUCUUCAAGCUGAGAAAAAAUCAUCGAUACAGUUUUGAGAAAAAAUUUACGAAAGACUGUUUUCAACCACGUGGUAUUUGCGUCGCUUCCUCACGAGUGUACGUCUGUGAACCGGAAAAAAACGAAAUAAUUGAGUACAACAUCAACAAAAGUGGCACAGGAAGGGUUCUUCAUCGAUACGGCAAAGGCGAUUUUUUACUGAGACAACCAAUAUAUGUAUCAGUGGAGACAGAUGAUAGAAUAAGACUUUUGAUAUCUGACGCUGAGUUAGGGUUAAAGAGAGUAUUACUAAGGGAGCGUGAAAACAAUACAAGUGGGUGGAAAAGUCCCAAGGAUAAGAGUUUUACACCGUCGAAGUGUUGUGUGAAUAAACGCAGCGUUGUUGUUGGAGAUUCCACUGGUCAAAAACUACAUUUCGUAAACUUUCAGACUCGAAAUCUGAGUCACCAAGAAUAUGAAAUCGAAGAUAUCUUUCAUAGUCCUGUUGCUAUUGCGGUUUGCAGAGAUCAGAGGCGUCUCAUCAUGGCCUGCAAAGAUGGUUUAGUUGUCGUUUACCGGACUGUAGAUCUCGUUGAAAUGGAGGAAAUGAAAUCGGUUGUAGACAAUGAGGAUCCAGUUUAUGCCAAUUCAAAAACCCUUUUCAAAUAAAAUCUUUAAGAUUUAAAAACACUGUAAUUUCUCUGUCAGAUUUUCUGAAUUAAUAUACGGAGUUUAUUCAUGGUUAAUAAAACUAGAGACUA